AUGGCACCACAUCGCGCACUUUAUCAAGCUCUUUGUAGAGCUGGUGAUAAACUUGUUUAUCCAAUUUUGCCAGCUUUUGCAAAACCAGCUUGGAAUCAUGCAGCUGGACCGAAAACUGUAUUCUUCUGGGCGCCGACUUUCAAAUGGGCUUUGGUUGGAGCUGGAUUAGCUGAUUUAGCACGACCGGCUGAGAAAUUGUCACUUUAUCAGGUAAAACAUAUUUUCACGGUUACAAACUCUCAAAAUUAAUUUAAAAUGUAAUCGAAAGUACAAAUAAAUAAUUGUUUCAAAAAAAUCAGGAGAAAAACCGACACAAAAAAUUUAGCCAAAUUUUUGAAAAAAUAAUCUUUCUGAACUUGGAUGAAGAAGAAACUUUCGAAAAAAUCUCAAUUUCAUGAAAAAAUUUGGAUUUUUGUUUUCAAUUCCCUAACUCUUAUUCGGAAGAAAUUUUACCGGAAAAAUUUAAACUCAAUUUUAUUUCCAAACUGUUUUCCAUGUAAUAAAUAUAUUCCAAAUUAAUAGGAAAAAAUACAGAUUUUAAGAAAAUUUCACUUUCAAAAGAUAUAUUUUUUAAUAUUUCCAGAACACUGCUCUAUUUUUCACUGGUUUAAUUUGGACUCGUUAUUGUCUUGUCAUUACUCCAGUUAAUUAUUAUUUGAGUAGUGUCAAUUUCUUUGUUGGAUGCACUGGUUUAGCUCAACUCCUUCGAAUUGCACAUUAUCGAUAUGAAAAUCCAGAUUGGGAAGAAAAAGAAAUCAUGCAAGCUCAUUAA